AUAGUAAAACCCUAAAACCCUAGAAGCUGCUUCUUCUAGACCCUUCUCUUUCCUCUCUAAAUAAAAGACCUAAAAACUCUAUAUUCAUCCCCCACUUCUCUCUGUCUCUCUCACCACCAUUUUCUCAGUUGCAAAAAAAUGUAUCGUUUUGCAGCAAAUCUUGCUUCCAAAGCCAGAGUUGCAAGAACCAGCACCCAGCAGAUUGGUGGAAGGUUAAAUUGGAGUAGAAAUUAUGCUGCAAAGGACAUUAGAUUUGGAGUUGAAGCUCGGGCUAUGAUGCUUCAAGGGGUUGAGGAACUUGCUGAUGCUGUUAAAGUCACUAUGGGUCCAAAGGGACGUAAUGUGGUGAUUGAACAAAGUUGGGGUGCACCCAAAGUAACAAAAGAUGGUGUCACUGUCGCAAAAAGUGUUGAGUUCAAGGACAAAAUAAAAAAUGUUGGUGCAAGCCUCGUAAAACAAGUUGCCAAUGCCACAAAUGAUGUUGCUGGUGAUGGUACCACGUGUGCUACAGUCCUCACCCGAGCAAUAUUUGCUGAAGGAUGCAAGUCAGUGGCAGCUGGUAUGAAUGCAAUGGACCUUAGACGGGGUAUCACCAUGGCCGUAGAUUCCGUUGUAACAAACCUGAAAAGCAGAGCACGGAUGAUCAGCACAUCAGAGGAAAUUGCACAGGUUGGGACUAUCUCUGCAAAUGGAGAAAGAGAAAUUGGUGAGCUAAUUGCAAAGGCUAUGGAGAGAGUAGGCAAGGAGGGAGUCAUCACUAUUCAAGAUGGAAAGACACUGUUCAAUGAGUUGGAGGUUGUUGAAGGGAUGAAGCUGGACAGAGGUUACAUUUCACCAUACUUCAUCACAAAUCAGAAGAAUCAGAAAUGUGAACUCGAUGAUCCACUAAUUCUUAUUCAUGAGAAAAAGAUCUCAAGCGUUAAUGCUGUCGUGAAAGCAUUAGAGUUGGCUCUGAAGAGGCAAAGGCCCCUCUUAAUUGUGGCUGAAGAUGUGGACAGUGAAGCACUUGCCACUCUUAUUUUGAACAAGCUUCGUGCUGGAAUCAAAGUUUGUGCCAUUAAAGCACCGGGCUUUGGUGAAAACAGGAAAGCUAAUUUGCAAGAUCUUGCUAUUUUGACUGGAGGCCAAGUUGUAACAGAAGAGCUUGGAUUGAACAUUGAAAAUGUGGAGUUGGAUAUGCUGGGAUCAUGUAAAAAGGUGGCUAUUUCCAAGGAUGAUACUGUCAUUCUUGAUGGCGCUGGUGAGAAGAAGUCCAUAGAGGAGCGAUGUGAACAGAUUAGAUCAACCAUUGAACUCAGCACAUCUGAUUAUGACAAGGAGAAGUUGCAGGAAAGACUAGCUAAGAUUUCAGGAGGUGUUGCUGUGUUAAAGAUCGGAGGAGCUAGUGAAGCUGAGGUUGGCGAAAAGAAAGAUAGAGUCACCGAUGCUUUGAAUGCCACAAAGGCUGCCGUCGAGGAAGGAAUUGUUCCAGGUGGUGGUGUUGCUCUUCUUUAUGCAGCAAAGGAAUUGGAUAAAUUAGAAACUGCCAACUUUGACCAGAAAAUUGGUGUACAGAUUAUUCAGAAUGCUCUUAAGACACCUGUACAUACAAUAGCUUCAAAUGCAGGAGUAGAGGGUGCAGUCGUGGUUGGUAAACUGUUGGAGCAGGAUGACACUGAUCUUGGAUAUGAUGCUGCCAAAGGUGAAUAUGUGGAUAUGGUCAAGGCAGGAAUCAUUGACCCGUUGAAAGUGAUCAGGACAGCCUUGGUCGAUGCUGCCAGCGUGUCAUCUCUCUUGACCACGACCGAAGCAGUUGUUGUCGAGCUUCCUAAGGAUGAGAAAGAAACUCCAGCAAUGGGUGGUGGCAUGGGUGGCAUGGACUACUAAUAGAAAAGCCAAGAAUAGUAAUUGAAGCUGCUUGACUCACAAUUGGUUAGAACAAAUGAAAAUAAAUUUAGGGUUGUUGCCCAUUUUGAUGAAUCUUUAUGAGAGGAUAGGCGCCCAUUGUACCCAUAGUAAGAGAGACUAUUGUGAAUUCAUCUAUAUGUAGGUUGAGAAUUUGUUAGUUUUUUUUUUUCAUUUCCGGAAACACAAUUUCUCUCCCCCACUUAUUUCUACAAUUUUACAUGCAGCAAAAUCUUGCUGUCACCUCCUAGUCGAAUUGCUUUAUUUCAUCUCUCCUGUGUCGAGGGUCUAGGAUAAGCUUUGCACACAAACUACUAGACAUCACUUAUGGUAUCCUACUAGGUUUUUUGUUGUGUUGCUGUUGUACCACCCUGUGGCCAAAUUGGUAAUAGAUGAGAAAGUUAUGAUUAUCCAUA